GCUUCGUCGCCGAGCCCGGCAGCAGUGAUUAGUUAAUUUUCUCGUUGCGCUCAAACAGAACAGACGUGCGGUGCGCGUAGCAGAGUGUAGAGAGUGUACGAAAACAACAAAGAGUACGAAACGAAAACAGAGCCAAGUGCAUCGCGAAUUGUGACUAAAGCUGUAGACAGUGCGACUAGAGAGACAGUGCAGUGUCCCGUCCAGCGACAGACAAGUGCGUGGCUCCGUGGUUCCCAACAAAUGGCCCUUGAGGAUCGCUGCAGUCCACAAACAGCGCCCAGCCCACCAGGUUGUCACCCGCACUACGCCGCAACCAGCAUCUCCGCCACCGCCCUCGACAUGAGUCUGCAGCACCAUCCCCAGCAGAGCCCGCCACCAGCGCCGGUGGCCGCGCUCUACCAUCAGCAGCAGCAACAGCUGCAGCACCUGCACCAGCUGCAGCAGCUCCAGCAGCUCCACCAGCAGCAGCUUGCUGCCAGCGCCGGGGUCUUCCCCCAUCCGGCAGUGGCCUUCGAGGCAGCGGCAGCCGCCGCCCACGCCGUUGCACUGCAGCAGCGCCUGAGCGCCAGCGGAUCGCCUGCCUCCUGCUCGACCCCCGCCUCGUCCACGCCGCUGACCAUCAAGGAGGAGGAGGGCGACUCCAUCAUGGGCGACGGUAGCUUCCACAACCAGACCCACACCACCAACGGCACGGCCACCGAGGACGAGGAGGACGACGACAUCGAUGUGGAUGUGGACGAUACUGCCGCAGGACGCCUGCCUCCGCCGGCCCACCAGCAGUCCACGGCCAAGCCCUCGCUGGCCUUCUCCAUCUCGAACAUCCUCAGCGACCGCUUCGGAGACGCAGCACCCAAGCAGCAGACACUAAAGAAGCCAGGAUCCCCAAACGCCUCGCUGGAGUCCCAGGCCAGCAUUUUCCGCCCCUUCGAGGCCAGCCGAGCAGCCGCUGCCACGCCCUCCGCCUUCACGCGGGUGGAUCUUCUGGAGUUCAGUAGGCAGCAGCAGGCAGCGGCUGCCGCAGCCACCGCCGCCAUGAUGAUCGAGCGGGCUAACUUCCUCAAUUGCUUCAACCCGGCCGCCUACCCGCGCAUCCACGAGGAGAUUGUCCAGAGCCGUCUGCGCCGGAGCGCCGCCAACACGGUGAUCCCUCCGGCCUCCAAGAUGAGCGAGUCCUGCGCUGAAAAGUCCGCCCUGGGCUCGCUCUGCAAGACCGUCUCCCAAAUCGGCCAGCCCACAACGACCACGACCUUGCCCCCGCAGCUGAGCAGCUCCAGCAGCCUGGCCAACAACCUGGCCAGUCCACCGCCCGCCUCGAAUGCCUCCACCAUCAGCUCCACCUCGACGGCCACCAGCUCCUCAUCCUCCAGCUCCUCGGGCUGCUCCUCGGCCCCCAGUUCGCUGAACUCCUCGCCCAGCAGUCGCCUGGGAGGCAGUGCAGCGGCCAACGCCAGCAGUCCCCAGCCCCAGCCGAUUCCACCACCCUCUGCCGUGAGCCGCGACUCUGGCAUGGAGUCCUCGGACGACACCCGCUCCGAGACGGGCUCCACGACCACCGAAGGCGGCAAGAACGAGAUGUGGCCCGCCUGGGUCUACUGCACCCGCUACAGCGAUCGUCCCAGCUCAGGACCCCGCUACCGCCGCCCCAAACAGCCAAAGGACAAGACCAAUGACGAGAAGCGGCCACGCACGGCCUUCUCCAGCGAGCAAUUGGCCCGCCUCAAGCGGGAGUUCAACGAGAAUCGCUAUCUGACCGAACGGCGACGCCAGCAGCUGAGCGGAGAGCUGGGCCUGAACGAGGCCCAGAUCAAGAUCUGGUUCCAGAACAAGCGGGCCAAGAUCAAGAAGUCCAACGGCUCCAAGAACCCCCUGGCCCUCCAGCUGAUGGCCCAGGGACUGUACAACCACACGACGGUGCCACUGACCAAAGAGGAGGAGGAGCUCGAGAUGCGCAUGAACGGCCAGAUCCCCUAAAAAGGGGCUGCAAUCGGUCGGCCGGCGAACAGAGCGGGGGUGUGUGCAAUACAAACGGCAGGGGGAGGGGGGCGGAGGAGGGUACAAAAGGUUCUCAUGUGAUAUAAUUGUAAUAUAUUAUCAUCUAUUAUACAUUAGCAUAUAAACCAUAAGUAUCUCUAGCGAAUUCGAUAUGUAAGUUGUUGGCGUAUUUAUUUAACCAUCCGAAGAUAGAAAUCGGAAAGCAGCUAUCGGAUAUCCCGUAUCCGAUGGAUCCGAAAUUUUAUAUUCUUCUAACACAAAAGCUUCAACUUUCAAGCGUUUAUUCCUACACAAAGAUAUAGUGGAAAAUUACUUUAUAUAUAUACGCUAUAUACAGUUCUCUAUCGCCUAUGUAAUCUCUGUAAAUUAAGUAACUUAACUGUUCCCUAGCUUAAAUCCUAGUUUAAACACCACAGCAGUCCCCUGAGGACUGCAUUGCUAUGACAGAACAGAGUAUUUUUAGUCGUUAAGUCUGCAAAGUGUUAUGGAUCCAAUAAACGCACAGAAAAGAUACAAAAUAUUUAACAAAAAA